GUCCCGUAUCACCUAGGGCAUUAACCUUAGUGGCUGGUCGGUCUUGUAUCUAUCUUUUGAAAUUUCCCAUCAUUCACCGUGGUCCCGUUUCAUGCCUUUACCAUCCUCUGCAUUGCAUUCCACUUGACUGCACCGCAUUGCACUGCACUCUAUCCACCUUUUUAAGCCCGGCUAUUCGGAGAUUGAGGUAGAGCGGGAAAGUGCUCGGGCGCGUCGUGGCUUCCGCCGGAACUUUAGAAGCAUGUGGCAGUCCAAAGAAGGAACUUUCUUUCUCAUCUUACCCCAAGGAUUACUCACAUGCCACUAGUAGCCUGCCUCCUGCCUCCCUCCUGCCUCCCUGCCUCCUGCCACAAUAACAAGUGCCCACCUUCGCUGCACCCAACCAGAUACCUACACAUUACAUUGCACGCGUGGGCACUUGCCAACUGCCAACUGCACACAACAACAGCAUUCACCAACGAGGAACAAGUUACUGCACCCAUCCUGAACCGUUUACCUUUCCCGUCAUUCACCCGAAAAAACAGUUAUUUACUGCAAUAACGCGUGUUAAACGCUACAUCGGGUCGGUGAGAAAUUUGUCACUUGGGCUCCACAGCCUAGUUUGACCUCGCCCGACCCACUUCAACCACAUUACCGCAUCAACCAGGCGCUCUGCGUUGCUCCUACUUGACCGUCAACUGCGUCUGCUGUUGUUGGCAACGACUUCACCUAAACCUCCUACGUUGGUACCCUUAUUAGGUUGGUUCUGCCGUCACGUGGCACCAACCUGUACCACCGCCUUGACCUUACCACCUAAGUCUUUCACCCAUCGACCAGUUGACGACUCGUAACGUAGCCAACAACAUUGCGAGCAUCAGCAUCUCCUUGGUCGUCAUCCCCAAGCUACCUUAACAGAGAUCUUAGUUAUCAAGUAAACAGCUUGAUCAGCAUUUCCCGACCGGCUGUUUGCGAAAGCCAGCAGGCCGUAGUCAGAGGCCAUCAAUGAUGUCGCUCUCAAAUCCCCGACAUGCAGGUGGCGAUGGCGCUGAUGGUCGAUCGACUACAAACACCCCGACCGAGCGUUUCAUCGCUGCGACUUUGAGAGACGCACGCAUGCGAAUGGAGGAGAUCAACAAGAGGCGUGAGCAGCUGCGAACACAUACCAGUCAGCCCAUGGAGGACGCAUGGCACUCCGUCGAGGUUCAAUACUGGCAGGACUCUAAGGCACGACUGCAAAAGAUCAUGAGUGAGAACCCAACAGGGUCCAUACGAGGUUGGGGCCGCGCAUUCGCAACCGAGGAGAAGCAGUUCCUGGCCGACACACUGGCACAAGGAACUCAACAAGCCUUUCACCAGCACGGGCGACCUCAGCAGGAGGAGAUGAUGGCUUCCGAUCGCGAGUUCUGGGGCAUCUGGCGUAAGCAACUGGAUUUCCUGGGCGACUUGCCACCUGUGCCUGAGGCUGCGCGCCAGCCUACAAACACAAACGCUGCGAUAUCGAGCAGCUCAACUACCACAAAGAAGCGCAAGGCCUCCACUCGACCCGUGUCGAACCUGAUGCUCACGCUGGACAACCCCGCAUCAGAGGCCGUGGAUGCCCAAGGUCACAGCCUCAGCCCGGCCAGCACCACGCAGGCGCUCAACCUGAAGUCCAUCGCGGCUCAGCCACCUCGCAGCCCGGGCCCCUUCGGCGCACCAUCCCCCGUCUCUCUCGCGUCAUCACCUGACCCGACCAUUCCUCCUCCCUCCGGCGUGUUCAGCAAGCCGCGAUACCCAGCGUCCAAGCGACGCAAGACUACAGCGGCAGCAGCAGCAGCUGGACGAGCCGCUGAGCCCGCCAUCAAGGCGGCGUUUACCCCCAUCAACAGCCCCAAGCCUUCACCGCAGCCCCAGCCCCUCCCGGCAGGGCAGGCCAUGGCUACUACUACCACAGAGGGCAGCAAGCACGACACUGGUUUCCAGGGGGUCACGGACCUCGUCGUGGGUGAGAUCUACCAGGCAUACUACAAGGACGCCACUCAGGAGGGAUGGUGGAUGUGCACCCCGCUGCCCUGGGACGACUGGGACCGGGAGAUCGGCAUCGACCUGGACUUCACGCGGGCGGACAUGUGGAGGGACCUGCCGAGGCAGCAGUACAAGACGGGUAAAGGCCGUAGGAAGAAGGCCAUCCUCGGCUGGAAGGGGCAGUUUGUCGACGGCGGGGCCAAGGUCACCCAGCGCGUGUUUCCCGUCCUGUUCCUCGACGACGAGGUCGGCGGCCCCGGCAACCUCCAGUUUGGCGGGGAGGGCGGCGCAGACCCCAUGGCGACGUACACGUUCCCUGAGACGGCGAUGCGGGCCCUUCCUACUGAGUGGGUCGCUGCCAAGAACAUCAGGAGGGCCGGUGCGGACGUGGCUGGUGGGCUGGUGCACGGGGUUGACACGGCGCGGCGGUUUAGGGAGAGGUUUCGGGCGAGGAGGGCGCUGAAGGGGCAGGGUAGAUAGGUAGUGUGGACAGGACCUGCUGGAUCCUAUCAAUGAAAGCGCUCACGGCAUUGCUUAGA